AUGGACGACGGAGCGCGAGCGGUUUUACAGGGCACCGAGCGCAAAGGCGUCUCAGCCAGAAGCAUCACGGCACCCGGGCUAUCCGGCGUACCGGCUCGCCGACCUGGCGAGUCUUUGUGCGAGGGGGAGGUCCAUCACCUGUGUUCAAACGACCUGUUUGACCCGGAGAACCUUGCUGUGCACCCGCAGUGCGUGUUCAGCUGGAAGGCACAGACGGAAGCGAAAUCGAAGAAUGAUGGCCCAGAGGCGUUCGAGAUCGUCGGCUCAGUAUCCGAUGAGUCGCGCAGACAGCUGACGUUUGAGGACGCUGGUCGACGGUUUCUGAGCUCCCUACAUCAAGAAGCUGAUGAGGUGCUGGAUAGGUGGCUGAGCCACAAUGUGCUCUGGGUCCAAGUAGCGGUACAGCAGGCUGAUGACAAGGGCUUGACUGCUGAGAUGAUGACAGUCCUCUUACUGGUACGCCGCAACGGCACUGUACGCUGGAGUCUACAGGGCCUCUUCAAAUGUGUGGAUAUUCGAGCUCUACUUUACAUGACAAAUUUACCGGAGUUGCUAUGGGGAGAGGCAGCGCAGCACGUUGUCUACACGCUGAAUGUUACGGCGACGCAAGUCCUACAAGGAGUGACACCUCACGAGAAAUUCUCUGGUGAACCACCUGAUGUCUCGUGCUUGAGGACGUGGGGGCGCUUAACCUACUACCACAUAGCUAGUGGAGCGCGGUCCAAGAAGAAGAAGCUGUCGUCUAGAGUUGGGACUUCAAUUCUUAUCGGGUAUUCUGCUGCUACUCAUGGGUAUAAGGUUUUGGAUCUCUCGAGUGGAGCUGUGUAG